GUGUAGCACGAUGCGUAGUUGACUUGACACUGCCGAAUGCAAUCAAUUUCACCCCAUGGACUUUGAAUAUUAUAUAUUAUAUAUUAUAAUUUUUAAAUAGUAAAAUCGAAGAGAAAUAUAAAAGCCAUCAUAUCAUACUAAACAGUCAAUUUUUAACUGUGAGUUGUUUCAGUAAAUUUUUUAAUAAUGGAGCGUUGCGAUAAUGAUUCGUCGAGUUCAGAAGACGAGGUUAAUUUAAAUGCUCUACGAGAAGCAACAGAUGACUCUUUUAUAAAAAAAUUUUAUGAAGAUAAAACAAAAAAAAUAGAAAUUACCCCUGAAGGUAUUGCUGAUACAAAAAAUACUGAUAAUUAUGAAACGAAUGGAUUAUCUCAGUCUUGCAAGGAUUUUAUUGCAAGAAAAUUAAUGCAACGUCUAGAUUCAAGCAUUAGAUUAAGCGAUGAUUUGGAAGUUGACUUGGAAGUAAAAAAUAAGCCUAGUGAUGAUAUUGGAAUUAAACUUUUGAGUUCAUCAAGCAUAAUUUUAACUGAAUUUGAAGAAGAGACAGAAUUACCAAGAUUAAAAAAACCAAUAAUUAUGGGCAGUUACUCUGAAAAAUCGAAUAAGAAAAAAUGUAAAGAAGUAGCAAUUGAAUCUGAUCAAAUAUUAUCACAAGAAGAAACUAAAUAUUGGACUAAUAGAAAACCUGGAAAAGUAUUCAAUUAUAAAAAGCAAAAAAAUGGGUUGCUUGUGGAAAUAUCAAAUUAAUUUACUUACCAAUUAGAAUAUUCAAACUGUAAAAAAUUGUAAAUAGUUCUCCAAUGUAGUACAUAAACUUGUAAAUAAUCAAAAUUUUACUAAA